GUAUGUCAAUCACGUUAAAAAAUCUCAUUCAUCACCGUCACCCCCACCCCACCACACUUUAAAUAAACCUUCAAAUUUCAAACAAGAACAAGAUCAAAAUCCAAAUUCCCAUCUCAAUUUUCCCGAGAAACAAACAGAAAAUCCUCUCCCCAAAACCAACACGCAGAAACAACAGAAAGCGGGGAAAAUGCUAGAUCCGAGAAAUGAUAUGCUUCCGCCGCCCUCCUCCCCCACCAACUCCUCCGUCUCCUCCUCCGAUCUCGACACCGAGUCUACAGGCUCCUUCUUUCACGAUCGGAGCACGACGUUAGGAACACUAAUGGGAGUGAGCUUCCCCGCCAUCACCUUCAGAGCUCCGAGCCAGCACCACCGCGACCCCCAACCCGGAAACAUCAACAACAUCGGUAGUACUAGCGCAAGCAGCUCCGGGAAGACGAAGAAGCCGAAAAAGAAGAGCGCCGCCGCUUCGUCGGCGGUGGGUGCGCUGGCGGGGCGGCGGAGGAGGUGGUGGCGCCUCUGCCAAGACGACGGCACCAAGCCGGCUUCGCUCGGGGAGUUUCUUGAGGUGGAGAGGAGGUUCGGAGACGCUGCGUUUUACGAUACGGCCGCGGAGCUGGAAGGCGUCAUGGUGGGCCAGCCCAGAAAUGGACGGCUGUUGUUCGCCGACGGGAGGGUUCUUCCGCCGUCGAAUGUUGAUGAUGGGAUUGGGACUUCAUCGACGGCUGCUGGGGUUCUCUCUAGAUUGCCGGUUUCACUCACUGCCAUCUGUGGUGGCGGUGUAGCAUAAGCCCCCGUCCCGCUUCUUUUUUUUUCACUCUAUGUCUUUUUUUACUUUUUAAAUGUUUAAUGACAUCAUCAUUUAAAUUUAUUUGUUUAAUGACAUCAUCAUUUAGCUUCU